UUCCCCAUGUCAUUUUGUGUUGUUGGAGUGGGCGAUGACUAUGGAUAGCGGUAUGCUUUAUAUUCACUGUCCAUUUUUAUCACAAUAUAAAAACCAAAGAAGUUUGGCUACCCAUGAAGUUUUUGCCUGGUUUUUGAAACAAAGACGUUGUCCUGUGGCUAGAAAGACUCCCUGUCGUUUUGUUAUUUCGUCUCGUUUUGUAGAACAAGAAGAACAGACAGAGAGGAACAAACGAGUUGAAAACUUUUCCGUACAAACAAACCUCUUAGAAACUGAUUCCAGUGAGAAUUUAAAAGGUUUUAUCAAAACCAGAGGAUGUUUGAUACCCGAUAUUCCAUUUGUGUUUUGGUGGUCAGGAGAUAUCUACUCUCUGAUAGAAGAUGAGCCCAGCAGACAUUUAUUCGAAUUUGAAGGAUUCAAUAUUGGACGGAUGAAACGAGUGGAUGGUGGUUGGAGAUUGCUUACCAGAGAGUUGGCUGUUUACAAGGAUCCCAAUACUCACGAAAUUUUGGAACAAUGGAAGAAUCCCUUUACUGAAGAGAUUUGUGAAGUGGUCCAUGUGCUGAACGAUCCCGUGAAUCAAGAGUUUCUAUUGAAAGGACCAAGAGGAACAUUUAAAGCACCGAUUGUGCGCAAUGGUUCGGAUAUUUUUUGGCAUGCAGAGAUAUUUUUGAAGUAUCCUUCACCUUUGAAAAGAGAAAUGUUUCCACAAGGCAUACAGAACGAUGAAUAUCAAAGUGCUGAAUUGUUUCAGUUUUAUACCAAAGAAGAGGAUUUGAAGAGAGUUGAUUGUCCUUAUUCACCUUCACAAUUUUCUUGGGUACGCAUAGGACAAUGGUUGCCUUUUAUGAAAAUGGGUGACAAGUCAGGAAGACUUUUGUAUCAUUGCAGAGGUAAAAGACUAGAAAAGGGAUACCAGGACUUGAGUGAGCAGAUUCGAACAUUUGUUGAGCGAUAUUAUCCGGAGUAUAUGGAUGCACCAACCAAUUAUUCAACACCAAAUGAAACUUCAUGGACAUACUUUAAAAAGUUGUUGAGUAGAAGAGGAUUUCCAAGAGCAGAUGGUACGAGAGCACAUGAAACUGAUUGUGAAUCACCUGCGACAGUUUCAACAAAUGACUCAAAGAUAUUUACCUUGGAACAGUUGAAUGAAUUGGACGGAAGUGAUCCCAAUAAGCCAAUCUACAUUUCUAUUUGUGGUAUAGUUUUUGAUGUUACCAAAGGGAGAAGACAUUAUCGUAAAGGUGAAACUUAUCACAAUUUGGUUGGAAGAGAAGCAAGUCGAGCAUUUCUUACUGGUGACUUGAGUGAAAGUGGUUUAUCAGAUGAGAGCAUUGAUUUGAAUAGCUUGACAGAGGAACAACGUCUAGACUUGCAACAUUGGUUGGCUUUCUAGACAAUUGGCAAAGUCAUUUCAGUGGACGAC